GCCACGGGUUCCAAAAUUCAUAUUGUUGGUUAUUUUCCGAUAUUCGCUGUAAAACAAAAAUCAGUGUUUACCUUUACGUGUUUAUCUAGUGCUGUAAUUACUCCACUCCACCUUUACUGAUAUGCUAAUGAUUCACAUCUGUUUUUACAUAUAGAUAAGAUUUCAAGGUAACGGUUUCAUUCUCUUUUCGAAUUCGUCACGAUCUGCUUCAGUUUUCUCGAAAAUGGCCGCUUAUCAUUGGGUAGACACAGUAGCCUAUGGCCGCAUUCCCUCAACCGCUCUUCCAGGAGGCGUUGAUGUGGACGGUGAAGAAAUUUUCGUCGGUAGAGCUUUUCACGAAGGAGAUUGGCUCCCAGCAAAAGUGAUUCCGGGAAAGCGAAUAGCCUAUGUUUGCUACAAUGGAGCAGAAGUCGGCGUUGAACGAUUCCAGGUAUUGUGUGAACAACGUUUCGAAUGGAUUCCAACUAGUGGUGGUGAUAUCCCAGAAGGCGCUGUAGAAGGUGGUAAAACUUCUGAUGGUGAACCACUUUAUAUUGGCAGGGCAUAUCACGAAGGUUCCCAUACCGUUGGAAAAGUUCACCCAAGUCAUGGAUGCUGCUACAUUCCAUUCAAUGGAGGAGAACAUGCUCAUCAACAGUAUGAAACUCUGGUACUGAGAUCUUGUUACGGUUUCAAACCUGAAUACGAUCCUCACCAUCAAGCAAGUGGAUAUUAUCAAAAUCCAGACAAUCAUUAUCCUUCAUAUUCCCCUCCACCCUACCCAUGCACAGAAUACAACCAGCCUGUACCUCCACGACAUCAUUUCCCUGUGAGCCAUUCUGAACCGGGAUAUUUUUCGAAAAAUAAUUUCCAUCCAGGAGGAUUUGGAAAUGCAUUCACAGCUUAUGACUGGGUAGAUACCAGUGCAUAUGGUGGUGUACCAUCCACUGCUCUACGAGGUGGAGUUGAUGUAGAUGGACAUGUUAUUUAUGUUGGCAGAGCAUUCCACGAAGGAGACUGGAUACCGGCAAAAGUUAUUCCUGGAAAAAAUGUAGCAUAUAUCGCAUAUAAUGGAUUGGAGCAUGCCAAAGAUAGAUUCCAGGUCUUAUGCGAACAACAUUUUCAUUGGUUGCCUGGCCAAGGAGGAUAUGUACCUCCUGACGCUGUAGAAGGUGGUAUGACAGCCCAAGGGGAACCUCUUUAUAUUGGCAGAGUUUACCAUUCAGGAUCUCAAACAAUUGGAAAAGUACAUCCGAGUCAUGGUGUUUGUUAUAUUCCUUUCGAUGGAAGAGAAAUAGCGUAUCCCAAUUAUGAAAUCCUAGUUCUAAGAAGAUAAAUCUGGAGUCACUUAUGAAAUUGAGACCUAAACCAUAAUUUGAAGGCAAACUAUUAUAGUUCAACAGAUUUGAGUUAGAUAAAUUUCAUUGUAUUGAUAUUAUCAGAAAAUCUCUAUGCUCCUACAUUAAAAUAUGUGGUACUUUCCGUAUA